AUGGGUGAUACAGAAGCUUCGGGACUAUGGCCACGAGACGCCGCCUCCUGGGCCUCCAUACCGACGGAGCUCCUCCUUGCUGAGCUCUCGAAACGACACGGCCAUGCUGUCGCCAACGCAGAAGUUGCUGGCGCCGCCGCCGCCGCCGCCGCCGCCGACGCCGCUAAACCGCAGUGUGGUUCCUCGAGAAAAGAAUCUUAUGAUACUGCUUUGCACAUUGGUGCGCUGAUCCUGAUAUUGGCGCUGAGCACAAUCUGUUCGCCAACACAUACGGAGGCCAUGAUGGCACACUGGGGCGGCUCGCCCUUCGCGAUCUCGAAACCAACAGCUUGCGGCAUUCCCCUCCUUCCCCGAAGAACAUCGAAAGGUCGCCCUCAGAGUAUAAUCCUUUUCUACUGCCAACACUUCGGCACCGGCGUGCUCCUCGCGACAUCCUUCGUCCAUCUUCUCCCCACAGCCUUCACCUCUCUCACCGAUCCAUGCCUUCCCUUCAUCUUCAACCAAGGCUACCCACAGAUGGCCGGGCUGGUCGCCAUGGUAGCCGCACUAUCCGUUGUCGCGCUCGAGUCCUACUUGGCAACCCGAGGUGCCGGCCAUUCUCAUUCACAUUCGCACGAGUACGAGUACUGGGACGAAGAAGACAGCGCCGAAUCUACAGCGGACCGACAUGCGACGGGGAGCAUGGCAUCGCACAGACAUGGUUCCCACCGGCCGGAAGACAUCAACCUCGAUAACAUGGAGUCGACCCAGGGAUUGAUGGCCGGUGCCUCGCCCCUACCAAGCUCGACGCCGACGCAAGCGGAAGCGAACAACAGCCUCGCAAACGGGCGCGACAGCUUCGACGACGAUGCGUCCGAUAUUGACCUCGACGUCAACGAGUUGAAUCCCACAUCUGCCGACGAACCCAGACGACAAAGUUCGCCUGGUAGCCGCCCCAAGAUUACUGUCAUGCCGGACGCGCCUCAGGUCGUCACAGAAGAGGAGCAGACCAAGCUCCUCCGGCAGUGUCUCCUGUUGGAGGGUGGCAUUCUCUUCCACAGCAUCUUCAUCGGCAUGGCCAUCUCGGUAGCUACUGGCCCGACCUUCAUUGUCUUCCUCAUUGCCAUCAGCUUCCAUCAAACGUUCGAAGGGCUUGCCCUCGGCAGCCGCAUCGCCGCUAUCCAAUUACCCAGGUCCUCGCUCCGUCCAUGGCUCAUGGUUCUCGCAUUCGGCGGGACGACACCGCUCGGUCAGCUCAUCGGCUUGAUUGUGCAUAAUCUGUACGAUCCCAUGAGCCAGACCGGAUUGCUCAUGGUUGGGUUCAUGAACUCUAUCUCGGCAGGCUUGCUCCUCUUCGCUGGGCUGGUCCAGCUACUGGCGGAGGACUUCCUCUCUGAGAAGAGCUACAAGAUUCUUCAAGGCAGAAAACGGCUCAAUGCCUACAUGGCUGUGAUUGGCGGGGCGUCACUCAUGGCCAUAGUAGGGGCUUUUGCUUGA